AACGAAGCAUGGGGCUGCGGGCAGCAGACUACAUUUCCCAGACUCCCUCACGCCCCUUCUGAUCAAUAGCCCUUAUUUGAAUAAUCUGUGAGUUUUUUGGACUCAGGCCAAUCAGCUGUCAGGAACCCAUGAUAAAUCGCAAUGCAUUAUUGAUAAUCAUAAUUACAGCGACAUGCGCAUUUCCACCUGAAGGGGGGUAAUUACCCGGACUCUUGGAAUUUGUUGUGAGGAGGAAUAAUUGGCACUGUUUGGCUCCUGAUGCACGGACCAUGUCGAGGCGCAAGCAGGCAAAACCCCAGCACCUCAACUCAGAGGGGCAGCAGCGAGGAGAGGCAUGCGCUGAAGCUCAAGACUGUCCAAGUGAUACGGAUGGAGAGAGAAGCGUGAAGCGCUGCAGGAUGGAAGAGACUCAUGUCUGUGAUAAAUGCUGUGCCGAGUUCUUUGACCAGUCCGAGUUUAUAGAGCAUAAAAAGAACUGCACUAAAAACCAACCAGUCCUGAUCAUGAAUGUGUGUGAUGGUGAGGGGACACCAGAUCUCUUCCCUGAAGCAUCUUCUGUAGGUGUCCAUGCAGGCUCGGGUGAAAGUAAAGCUGAACAGGACAGACUUGCAAAGGGCUCCUCAGUUUUAGCACAGAAGAUGGAUGGAAAAGUGGACUCUGCAAAUAAAACUGUUUCUCAAUCUGCUUCUAAGACUAAUGGAUUUGGCUACUUGCCUAAAACAACCGUCUCCAACAGUAAUGUGACUUUGCAAACUAUCAAUACUACUAAAGUGGCUGUUAAUCAACACUCGUCAGAUGGCAUCUCUAAUCCAGCAAACAACCCUAACGCCAUACCAAUGAUUCUUGAACAGUUGGUAUGCCUGCAGCAGCAGCAACUUCAGCAGAUUCAGCUUACUGAGCAAAUUCGCAUUCAGAUUGCUAUGAUGGCUCCUAACUCUUUGCAUCCUUCUAUAGCUGCAGCCACUGACCCCCUGAAGGCAUUAGGUGCCCAUUUAUCCCAACAGCUUACAGCUGCUGUUGCUUUAAUUGGACAAAAGGCCGGAACUCAGAAUUUGACACUUGAGACUCUUAAACAAUCCAAACUACCUCAUACCACCAUACCUGUGGCAGCAUCAGGCACUGUGCCAAUCCGACUCUCAAGCCCACUCAUAAAGACUGAGGUAACAAGGGGAAUUCCUUCUUCUAUUUCACGUUUUACAAACCCCGUCCUACCUCAUUCUCCCGGGACUGUGAUCUUCCAGAAUCCACUAGGGUUAAAUGACCCAUCAAAAAAACUGAAAAGCAAGUUUCCAGGUGUUGCUACAUCUGAAGGGAAGCCUAACAACAAUGAGGAUCAGUUCUUCAGGCAUAAAUGUAAGUUUUGCGGCAAAGUGUUUGGCAAUGACAGUGCACUGCAGAUCCACUUGCGUUCCCACACUGGCGAAAGACCGUAUAAGUGCAACAUUUGUGGCAACAGAUUUACUACGAAAGGAAACCUGAAGGUUCACUUUCAGCGACACAGGGAGAAGUAUCCUCACAUAAGAAUGAAUCCUUAUCCUGUUCCUGAGCAUCUGGACAAUGUUCCAACAACAACCGGGAUCCCAUAUGGAAUGUCUGUCCCGUUGGAUGAAUCUAAUGUGUUUGCAGACACAAAACCUGGACUGACAAGUCUUCCUAAUUCUGGGUUAACCACAUCAAAUUUAGCGAGUAUAGGGGAUUCAUCAGUUGCCCCUCUCCCAUUAAACCUGCAGUCCAAGCCAUCACCAGGCAGUGAAGGUGAAUCUGUGUCAUCUGGAGUGGUUGGCCAUGAAUCUGGCACUGAUCAGAGCCUAAACUCACCUACUGCUAGUGGCUCAAGUGAGCAAGGGUCAGAAACAAGCAAGCUCCAACAGCUGGUAGAGAACAUUGAUAAAUCUGGUUCUGACCCAAAUGAGUGCUUGAUAUGUCACAGAAUUCUCAGCUGCCCAAGCUCCCUUAAAAUGCAUUACCGUACCCACACUGGUGAGAGACCUUUCAAAUGCAAAAUCUGUGGACGCGCCUUCUCAACCAAAAGCAACCUCAAGACACAUUAUGGUGUCCACCGUGCAAAUACUCCAUCGAGAGUGCAGCACUCGUGUCCAAUUUGCCAAAAGAAGUUUACUAAUGCAGUGGUUUUGCAGCAACACAUACGAAUGCAUAUGGGUGGCCAGAUUCCAAAUACCCCAGUUCCAGAAGACUCUAAUGAAGAUGCUGACAUUGAUUCCUCACUAAUCGAUGAGAAGAAUGGCGAUCUGAACAGCCUUACAGAUGACAUUGACGAUAUUGAUAUGGAAGAAGACUCUGAACUUGGAGAUGGGCCUUUGGGUUCUAAGCCACCAACACCACAAAGUGAGGUCCAGGCAGAAUCCCCAGCACAACUUUUGGAGCUUGCCUCUCAGGAUAAUCCCCUGUCUGUAUCGCCUGCCCUAAACCUACAGAGACAAAACAGUGUAAAGUCCAUUGACAACAGGUCAGUAGAAAGUGAUGGACUGACCAAUGAUUCCUCUUCUACUGGGGGCCAAGACUGUCAGAACGGUAAAAGUCCAACACAGUCUGAGUUGAGGGGUUUCUCACCAACUAACAGCCAAGAAGACAGCCUUCCAUCCAAAUCGCCUCCUUCUUUUAAUGGCCAUGAUAUGCUGAAUGUGUCUAGUAAAGCAGAGCAGUCUGAGCAUGGAUCCAUUGACGCAGAGGGUGACGGUGCCUUAGAUCUAACAAAUGGUAACUUGGUCCGAAAGAUCAAAGAAGAACCAGGGCUGCCCCACAAUGGAGACUCAAGCAGGAGUUCACAUGUGUACAUUGGUCCACCCCCAACCCUUAUUAAAGUGGAAAUGCCAACAGAUCGGGUUCUAGGCUUGACACAGUUCAUCACCCCAUCAACUCUGUCACCUGGAAUUACUCCUCUUAUUGCCCCACAACGCCGCUCAGCUAAGCAGCAUUUAUGCCAUACAUGUAAUAAGAACUUUUCAUCUGCAAGUGCGCUACAGAUUCAUGAGAGAACACAUACUGGGGAAAAGCCUUUUGCAUGCACAAUAUGUGGUCGGGCUUUUACAACUAAGGGAAACCUAAAGGUACAUGUGGGGACGCACAUGUGGAAUAACUCUGCUCGACGAGGACGGAGACUCUCCAUGGACAAACCAAAUGCCACCCUGGGAAACGAUACAAAGAAAGUGGCAGAGAUUUUUCCAAAGUACCUUGUUCCUCCUGCAGUUGGCUUAGAUCCAGCAGUAUGGAAUCAAUAUGCUACAGUGCUUAGCAAUGGCCUGGCCAUGAAGACUAAUGAGAUCUCGGUGAUUCAGAGUGGGGGCAUUCCUUCACUACCUGUCAGUAAUGGAGGUGCUCCAAUUAUCAGCACUGCCACCGUCUCAAACCUUGAUGUGUCUCAGUCUAGUGGCGGUCAGAGCAUGUCUGAGAUGGAAGAAAAGACUGUGGAAAGUGCGCCCAAACACCAGUUCACUCAUUUUAUGGAGGAAAACAUAGCUGUGAACUAGUUAAAGCGGCUAGUUGUGAUGCCAAAAUGUGUAUUGGGUAAUACUUGGCUGGGAUCUGCUGCAUUUUUCCUCUACUUGGACUUUCUUACUGCAGCUGUUCCUAUAGACUGACUUAGAGCUACUUUUGAAGGUACCGGAGGAUGCAUCCGUAAGGCUGAAAUGAUUGAGGAUUAUUAUUUUUUUUUAUUGUUCUCCUACCCCCCCCCCCCCUCCCUCUCCUCUCUUUGGGGGGGGAGGGAGGGAAUGUCCUUCCAAACUGAAAGUUACAUCAAAAACUUAACAUGUGAGAGCAGUCCUCCUCUUCUAACUGCGGGUAUAAAUUUUGGAAUGUCUGCCAUUUUUUAAGAGGUAGAUGGUGUUUUUGUUUUGAAGUCUUGAAUGUAGCGUGGGUUUUUUUUUUUUUUCUUUUUUCUUUUUUUUUUAUUACUCCAAAGUGACUGCACGGAGGACACUCAAAGUGCGUCUGAAUUCAGUCUAUUGUUCCAAUGUUUCUAAUGGGUUUUGCUGUGGCCACUUUGGGAUUAGACCACUGAGGACUUCUUACACAUGUGACAAUGGCUAUUUCAUUGAGCUUUUUGUUGUCUAGAAAUGAUGAGCAGUAUUAUGUUUAGUCAUCUUUCACCUGUUACAGCAGUUUCUGUAGGAACCUUUUUUUUAAGUUAUCUACCUCAUUAUUUAUCCCCCCUCUCCCUAUGCUCUGAUUCUACUGUAAACCUUACUGGUACUGGAAACUCUCCAAGCACUGAAAUGUACUUCUCUUAUGUUGUGUUUACAAAUCUUCCUCUUCAUCUACUGUAUAGGAGGGAGGGGGGAGAGUAUAUGUAUUUAUAUAUAUAUAUAUAAAGACUUGAAUCUUGGACACAAAAUGAACCUGAAGAGUUGUAACUUUUUUAUUUUUUUCCCCCUUUUGCUUGUUUUGAAAGGCCAAAAAAACCUGCGCAAAAUACCAAAAAAGAAGAAAAAAUAAUUGCACGUAGCUUGUCGCUUCAGACCAUUGCCGUUUUGUGCCUUUCUUAACAGACUAGUAUUCCUGAACAUGAUAGUUCCUGUUUACAUUGUAAGGGUGCGUUCACACGCUAUUACUAGCAGCGGGUUUCACGCUGCGGGAAACCUGCUGCGAGUUACACUACCAUUGAUUUUGAAAUGGGUCCACAGACAGUCUGCAAUAGUGUCAGAUUUGAAAUCUGGGAAACUUGCUGCUAGCUACUAGCGUGUGAACGCACCCUAAGGCUAAGUUUCCACUUGUGUUUUUGGAAUACUGCCACUGCAGUUUUUGAGCCAAAGUCAGAAGUGGAUCCAUGAGGGAGAAGUACUUUUAUAUGUCCUAUUCUGUCUUGAAUAAAUUUCUGGCUGUGGCUCAAACUGCAGUGGCAGCAUUCCAAAAACUACCAGAAAAAAAAAUUAAAAAAAAAGUGGAAACUUUGCCUAAAGUUGAUGUUGCAAAAGGCAUUCCAGUGCCAAGUUUCUGCAAUGUGAAUGUAUGCCUCUUAGGAGUAUGUAGUGUUUCGGCAUCUACUGAAUGUAUUAAUAUGACUUUAUUUUUUAUUUUAUUUUUUAUUUCCCUCCGCCUUGAAUAAAUUUUGGGGAUAGCUUUUCUC